GCCACCAGACUGGUGCCACCGCCCCUCCUGCCCUUCGCCGGAAGUCGCUUGUCCGUUCUCUGCGUCACGUCCGGCCGCCGGAGGUGACCGAAGGAAGAGUGCCGGAGCCGCGAUGAUCCGUCAGGCCGCCCGACUCCGGCUCUGCGUCCGGCUGCGGCCGCUGCCCCAGCGCCGGGCCCUGUCCCUCUCCCUGCCCCAGACCCGGGCCCGCUGCUGGUAUCGGCUGGCGGCCAGGAGGGGCCCGGCGCCCGGAGCCGUCCGGGGCUGGCAGUGGGGCGGCGCGCUCCCGACGCCGGGACCGGGCCGCUGGUACAGCGUGCCCGCGCAUCAGCUGGUACAGUUGCCGGCUCUCUCCCCAACGAUGCAAAUGGGAACAAUCGCUCGAUGGGAGAAGAAGGAAGGCGAUAAAAUAAACGAAGGGGAUUUGAUCGCAGAAGUGGAGACCGAUAAAGCGACGGUCGGCUUCGAGAGCCUGGAAGAGUGCUACAUGGCAAAGAUCCUGCUGCCAGCGGGCACCCGCGAUGUGCCUCUGGGCACGGUCAUUUGCAUCACCGUGGAAAACGCCGAAGACGUUAAAGCUUUUAAGGAUUACACUCCGGAGAUGGUGACGGCAACCCCGGCCUCGCAGACCCCAGCGGCCGCCGCCACCGCGCCCCCUGCGGCCUCCCCAGCUCCAGCUCAAGCCCCGGGCAGCUCCUACCCCCCCCACAUGAAGGUGAGCACGAGCGCUGAAACACAGGCUCUCCCAGCUGGUGGUUAUUGAUGGACCUGGGCUGUA